UUGGAAAAUAAUUAUAUUAUAAUAUAUUUAAUUAUAGUAACGCACAUUGCGCGACAUAUUUUAUAUGAAGUGUAGCUCGUGUAUUUCGGAAUGUUUUAUUAGUUAUUUAUAAAAGAUGUAAUUGAAGUAGAAAAAGUCAACAUUAUGACCAUCGAGUAGAGCAUUACGAUUCUCAAGAGCUAAUCUCUAAAGCAAAUACCAGACUAUAUAAAUUAUUCUAACGAUUUUCACAGAAAAUCCCAUAACGUACUUAUUUAUUUAUGCUAUUGUGGGCUAUUUGUUUGUCAGGAUUCGCUGCAUUUUAACGACUAAUAAAAUUGCAUACACAUGUCGUUGUUUUGACGUUAUUAAAUCACAAAAUGACAGGCCCAAUUUGAUAACAUAGAUGUUGAUCUUUGUUGUAAUGGAUGUUGAAUACAAAUUAAUAAGGGAAAUAGAUUGUAAACAAGGGGCAGUAAGAGCUGUACGAUUUAGUGUUGAUGGUACUUAUUGUUUAACUUGUGGGUCUGAUAGAAAACUAAAAUUAUGGAAUCCACACAGAGGUGUUACAUUAAAAACAUAUGGAGGACAUGGAGACGAAGUAAUGGAUGCUUGUGCAUCCUGCGAUAGUAGUCAACUUGUAUCUUGUGGAUUAGAUAAAUCAGUUAUUCUUUGGGAUGUAGCAACUGGAACUCCAGUUCGUCGUUUAAGAGGUCAUGUGGGUCCUGUAAAUACAGUAAGGUUCAAUGAAGAAUCUUCAAUGAUCGUUUCCGGAUCACGAGAUAAUUCAGUUAUGUGUUGGGAUGCGCGUUCUAAGGUACAGGAUCCUGCACAAUGCUUAGGCGAAGCUAAAGAUUCUAUUUCAAGUGUCAGAGUAUCAGACCAUGAAAUUUUAACAUCCUCGUUUGAUGGUAAAAUACGUAGGUAUGAUAUUCGUGUUGGUGAAAUGUAUGCAGAUUAUAUGGGAGAUGCAGUGACGUGUGCGAGUUUCACAAGAGAUGGCCAGUGUAUAGUGGUUAGUUGUGCGGAUGCUGUAAUUAGAUUAAUGGAUAAAGAUUCAGGAGAGUUGCUUGGAGAAUUUGUUGGUCAUGAAGCAAAUAAUCUGUGCCUAGAAUCAAGCGUGAAUGUCCAAGAUACUCAUAUUCUCUCUGGAUCAGCAGAUGGAAAAUUGUGGAUAUGGGAUUUAGUUUCUCAAAAAGUUGUUGCGAAACUUUCAGGAUUUAAACCAACAAAACAUCCUGUAGUGUCGUUGAGUGUUCAUCCGCAAACAAACUGUUUCUUAGCUUCCAAUGGACCAAAUAUAUUAAUGUGGAGUGUUGGGUCUUUGGUACAAGAAUAAUUUACUAAAAGUUUAUAAUCAGGACUCUUUUGUGUAUUAUUUAAUUUAAAAUACUUUUCAUGCCAACAGUU